AUGGUUCACCUACAGCGACCAACACUCAACGUGACGCAUCGAAAAUUUUCGAGUCAAGCACCAACACAAACUCGAGUAUCCAAUACAUUCAUUUCUAGAGAAAACUCAAAACGGAAAUCAAAUAUUGAUGACUUUGAUUCAACACAACGAAAGAAAGCUAAAGGCAAUGAACCAUCAAAUGCUCGAGCUGCACCUACUCGUUAUGAUGAACCAUCGACAUCUUUGGCGUCAACGUUCGAAAUCUCAAGACAACUAAACAAUCCACCUGAGUUCAGUUCGUAUCGUGCUCGACGUUCUCGUAAUAAUCCUGAAUCAUUAUCAACACGUCAACAAAGUCGAGAUGUUAUGCCUAAAACGCCUAUUCGUGUAACACAUGGACAUGAUGCAUACAAUGAUGACGAAAACGACGAUGAAGAGGAGCCAAGCUUUGACUCAACUCAACGCGCUGUUCGCGAUGUAUAUAAGCUCGAUGAAUUACCUUUAAAUCGAUCGAAUUCUCGUCGUGAUUCUCAUCAACAUGCGAAUCGUUCUGCUCGUGUUUUUGACGAUGAGGAUGAUGAGGAUUGCCAUGCUGACGACAAUGAAGAUUUCGAUACUAGUUCUGAUCGUCCAUUUCAGCAGUAUUUCAACAAUAAAUUUGACCAAUUGAAAUACGAUUUGACAACUGCAACUGACCAGUUAACAGGUACUGUUCAAACACAGUUGAACAAACUCGAUAAACAAAUGCGCGUUUUAUCUAAAACCGUCCAUGUCAAUUCCGUAAAUCCAAGUAUUGCACCCUACCAAAACCCUACACACCAAUUUCCAAAAGUAGUAGACUUCAACGGAUUGAACUUGAUAACUGUGUCCAGAGCAACCGAUUACAAAAAGUUUGCGCGUAGUCUCUUGAAAACUUUAUUUUCACGUGCUGAACUCGCCAAUUCUAUAUUGUUCUCAAAUCAAAUUUACAGUCGACCAGGUUUGGAUCCAAGCAGAAUGGCACUUUGGGCAGAGGCCGUUUGUGCUCGAUUUAGAAUUGAUCCUUUACAUUUUGACGAGUUUCUGCGAAAUUGUCUUCGAAGAACUUUAGCGCAAAUGCUGUGUGAUGUUCGUCGUGAGUAUAGAAGAAGUGGUGCUAAUAAUAGUCCUGCAAGUGGUGGAACACAUGCGACAGGUGGACCAACGUUUCGAGUUGCUGCUAGUCCUGGUGACGGUGGCGUUUCUGAUGAAGAUGUGGAAGAUAUGGUAAUGAAUGAAAGUCUACUUAAUUGA